AUGGAGCCAAUGGAACAGAUACAAUGCUGCUAUCGCAUGCAAACUACAUCUAACGGGCAUGGUCUAUUUGCUACUAGACUGAUAAAAGCUGGCACGCGCAUCAUUCACGAGAAAGCCCUCUUGACCGUCUCGCAGGUGGAAACAAAAUCCAAGACAGAGUACAGAUGUGUCAUUGAUCAAGCAUCACUAUUGAGUACCAGUCAGAAAAAUAAACUCAUGAGUUUAUAUCACAACUCAAAGAAGCUCAGGGAGUUUUCGUUUCUCAAAGACCAGCUAUGCCCUGGAACCGACAUGGACUGCAGUCUCGUUCUGGCAAAGUUUUACACCAACGCCGCAAGUAUAACUGCUGGUGGGUUAGAAUGUGGCCUUUUUACCGAGUUUUGCCGGAUGAAUCACUCGUGCACGCCCAAUAUAUGCUGGGUUUAUGACGAGCUGUCGGGCAUGAUGGAAGUCUACGCCGUGAGAGAUAUCGGCCAAGAUGAGGAAAUCUACAAUUCGUACAUCGAAGUCGCUUGUUCCCGCCAAACAAGACUGAAAGAACUAUCCAACUGGGGAUUUGCAUGCAGUUGUCCCGCAUGCGAGGGACCUGAUGCUGUAAAGCAUGAUGAACGGCGACGACGAAUUGGCCAGAUCAGAGGUAUUUUGGAGAUUUACAAGGAUGUCAAAAACGACGUGGAAAGGCCCAGAUUCGCGGAGAUUCCAAAAACAGACUCGGAAGCGUUGAGACUCUGUCAAGAAAAUGCAACAUUGCUUCAGGAAGAAGGAUUGAUUGAGCAGCUGGGCGUCUCAUACGGCUGGUGUGCAAGAUUUGCCAAAGGAGCGGGAUUAGAUGACCUCGCGGAUGAUUACGAGGAGAAGGAAUUUGACAUACUGGUGAUGACCACUGGGGAGUACGUGGAGUAG